AUUCUCCUUUGCUCUUUGGAUGCAUAUUCGCUUGAGCCUUCGUGUAAAACCGUUUGCGCAAUGGAAAUAAAAGGUUUCCACCAGCAUCAGCGCGCACAAAAUUUUUGUUAGCCGUCGUCAAGCAAAGGAGAGGGACACACUGCGAAAUAAACGGCGCCAUAUUUAUCGAGCCCGAUUUUCCAGUUAAAUUCGCCAGUGUUUUAUUUAUUGUAUACGGUGGCUAACAAGCUUUAUUUCGCAGUCGCAGUAUAAUCUGGAAAGCCUUCGUUGGGUGUUGGCGCAUAAUUUACGUUUAUCGCAGCGGCAGCAGUUUCACCUUUAUUGCAAAUAUUUAAAGCGACUUGCCAUACGUAACAUUUGCAUCACGCCAUCGAUUUUAUUGUUUUUUGUCUUGGAAGAUGACACGUGAACUUCCACGCCGGUGCACCCGCUCAAAUGCGGAAAACGAUUCCAACGACGCCACCAGCCAAGCCAGCAGUGAAAGCAAUACCACUGCAUCAAACGCCGCUUCAACCUCCGAAGUACUUGUUACUGCGACUACCAGCGGAGCCCCAGCCAGGGCCUCCACCACUACCAUUGGAAAUGCUAAUACCCCAGCCAGGGAUUUUAGCGUUGCUGCUCCAGCUCCAUCUCCAGCCGGAGCCACGAAGAACCUCCCGGCUAUGGAAGCCAGUACUACAGCUUCAUCUGCCAUCGGAGCCACUAAGGUUACCUCAGUGAGGGAACCCACCAAUACUGCUCCCAAUGUGACCGUAGCCCCCAAUGUUGUCCCAGCCAGGGAACCAAGCAACGCCGCCCCUACUGGCACUGGAACCGUCAAGAAGGUUCCUACCUCCACAGCGUCUGGAGUACCCAAAGGCUCCUCGACUAUCAAAUCUCGACCAGAAAAUGAUCUCUUGGCAAUGGAAAGGCGAAUCGCUUUGCUAGAAAGAAUGCUAAAGGAACGUGAUACGCAGUUCGAAAUGAUGAAAGUGGCGCUCCAAGGUAACGGUGAUAACGGUAGCAGCGCUGCCACGAUACACAGCGACGUUGCAGCGCAGCCGUCGCCUACGUUGCCGUCAACACAACCGCAAUCCACGCAGCCGGUAACUGUGCAUACAGAUGCGGGGCCAACAGUCGCCGAAGCCCGUUAUCUGCCGCCAGUCAGUACAACUACCGUGUACAAUUCAGCCAACAUGCCAUCAGACGCUUUCAGUAUCACAUCUACACCGCAUUAUAUGAACGCUGCCUCAACUGCUCCUGUUGAGCCAAUUUCCAACCGUUCGUCUCACGUUCCCUUUCAGUCCGCUUCUGCCUACACGGGUUAUGGGAACAUGCAGUUCUUGCCUCACGAUUCUAGGGUGUUAAGCAAGAUAAUUGAUUUGCCAGAAUUUGGUGGAAAGGCCGAGGACUGGCCUAUAUUCCACGCAGCGUUCGUUGAGUCAACAGCGGCCUACGGCUACACCAACUUCGAGAACAACCAGAGGCUACGGAAGUGCUUGAAGGGCGAGGCACGCGAAGUGGUGAAAUCGCUGCUCAUUCAUCCCAGCAACGUCAGCUGCAUCAUCGACCAGUUACAGUUCAGGUUUGGCCGGCCGGAGCAGCUCAUACGCAGCCAGUUGGCUCAAGUGCGCGAGAUUGCCCCUAUUUCCGAAAAUGCGAUCGGGAAACUGAUUCCAUUCGCCACGAAGGUGAAGAACAUCUGCGCCUUUCUUCAGUCUGCCAAUGGUGAAUAUCAGCUUUCUAACCCGACUCUUCUCGAUGAGCUCAUUGGAAAAUUGCCUGUGAGUAAGCGGAUUGAGUGGGGUACCUUUGCAUCUACAAUAAAGCCUCGGGCCACUGUGGUCCACUUUAGCGAAUGGAUCAGUUCACUUGCCAACGUGAUCUGUAUUGUUUAUGACGAGGAGCACGGACGAGAUUCGAAGCGUAGAGUGGUCCUACAUGUAGAUAAAAAGCAGCAUACACGAAGAUGCCCAAUCUGUCAGGGUGCUCACACAGCAAUUGAGUGCAAACGCUUUAUUGAGUCAACAGUAGCAGACCGAUGGAAGGAAGCAAAAUCACGUCGCUUAUGUUUCGCCUGCCUGCAAGCCGGUCACUCGACACGUGAUUGCCAUCGAAGGAAACCGUGCUCCAUCAAUGGGUGCCCUCGAAUGCACAACAAACUGCUUCAUGAGGUUUCAGGCAGUAUGAAUAACUCGCAUCCAGAACCACCACCUAGUCGCAAUGGGGGUGAAGCACUAUCGCAGCGUGCGGCACGCCAACAGCACAGCAGUAGUCAUACGCCAGCGCAACAAGUAUCUCAACGCCAGCAUUCAACGAGUGACGCAGAAGCUGCUGUUCUAAGCUGCUCCGCUAACGCAUUUGAAGGUAAGCUGUUGUUUCGUAUACUACCGGUCACUUUAUAUGGAAAUCACAAGAGCAUCGACACAUACGCAUUGCUGGAUGAAGGCUCCUCAGUCACGAUGCUGGACAACGGACUAGCCCUGGAGUUGGGACUGCAAGGACAACAACAGCGCCUUAACAUACAAUGGUUUGGUGGUCGCUCAGCGCAAGAGCCUUCGAUCUUGGUAAGCUUGUCUAUUAGUGGAUGCGGCAUGAAGAAGAAGCACACGCUUCGAAAUGUGUAUGCGGUGUCGAAUCUACAGUUGCCUUCACAAAGUUUAUGCAGAGCAGACUUACACUGCGACGACAAGUACAAACGUCAGUUGCCAGUUCAGCCAUACAUCGGGGUGAUGCCAAAGCUUCUCAUUGGUCUCGACCACUGCCAUUUAGGCCUGCCAUCAACUACUUUGAGGAUGAGAACAAAUGGUCCUUUCGCCGCCAACACCGAAUUGGGCUGGGUGGUGUUUGGGCCAACAAGUGAACGCCUGCCAGCUACGCCUUCUUGCCUACUUAUCAAUUCUGCGAGCGAUGAAUCCCUGCAUGACCUGGUUGCUGGCUACUUUGCUGUCGAAAAUUUCGGGGUGCGCUCGUCACCAGCAAUCGAGAGCGCAGCUGAUAGUCGUGCCAAGUCUAUUUUAGAUUCGGUCACACGUCGCGUUGAUGCUAGAUUCCAAACAGGUCUUAUCUGGAAGCGAGAUGACUUCUAUCUACCUAAUAGUUACUUCAUGGCGCUAAAAAGACUGGUGGGUAUCGAGAGGCGCAUGAGCCGAGACGCAGGCUUCGCAGCAGCUUACAAAGCAACGAUGGACUCCUAUAUUGCAAAGCGGUAUGCACGCAAGCUCGACCCAUCGGAAGCCUCAGUGGUAAAGCCUCACACUUGGUAUUUACCACAUUUUGCCGUGGUGAAUGCCAAUAAGCCAUCGAAGAUACGUAUGGUGUUCGACGCGGCAGCUGAGGUCAACGGCGUCUCUUUGAACUCCAUGCUGCUGAAGGGUCCGCAAGAGUAUCGACCUCUGCCGUCGAUUCUCUUCCAUUUUCGCGAAGGAGCAGUCGGAGUAUCUGGGGACAUUAAGGAAAUGUUUCACCAGGUGUUGAUGCAACCCGAAGACAGGUGCGCCCAACGAUUUCUUUGGCGCAACGGCGAUAGUGGUAGGCAACCGGACGUAUACGAGAUGUGCGUUAUGACAUUUGGCGCUGCUUGCUCGCCAUGUGCAGCGCACUAUGUCAAAACUAGAAAUACGCUCGAGCAUCGCAUUAACGCCACAAGCCGAGCGGUGCAAUCAAUAUUGGCCUACCACUAUGUCGACGACUUCGUUGAUGCUUUCGACUCGCCUGCAGAAGCCAUCUCCAUCGCGCAAGAAGUUCGAGCCAUUCAUCUGGACGCCGGUUUCGAGCUCCGAAAUUUCGCUUCAAAUUCACCAGAGGUAGUUGCAGCUUUGGGUGGCGCAGAAGAUACGAAAUUGAUUGCUAGCAAAGAAGGUCUGGCGACUGAGAAGGUUCUCGGUCUAUAUUGGCAGUGA